CGGGGCUGGGAGGAGGAGGGGGCUGAGAGAGGAGCCGGACCGCAGUGAGGACUGGGUGGGAGCGCCGCCCCUUCCUGCCGGCCGCCAUGUUCCUGCAGAGGGCGCUGCGACUGAGGGGCAGUUUUAGAAUGGGAAAUAGGCUGCCUACCUCUGUCAGUCUGUCCGAUGCUGCUGCUGUGAAUCAGAUACAGGAGAUAAUCUCAGACAACUGCGUGGUGAUUUUCUCUAAAACAACCUGCGUCUACUGCAGAAUGGCAAAAAAGCUUUUUGACGGUCUGAACGUCAAUUACACAGCUGUAGAACUGGAUAUGAAUAAAAAUGGAAGCCAGUUCCAAGACAUUCUUGAGCAGAUGACGGGCGGCAGAACAGUCCCAAGAGUGUUUGUUAAUGGGACUUUUGUUGGAGGUGCUACAGAUACUCAAAGACUUCAUGAAGAAGGCAAGCUGCUGCCAUUAAUUCAUCAGUGUCAAGUGAAAACAGAAUCCGGAACUACUAUGUAGCCUCACUUAAUUGUCUUUCAUAUAAGAUGGGUAAAAAUUCAGACAAGUUAAAAAAUCACCGAGAUGUUCUGCAUGAGCUGAGGUUAAGCAGCUUCUAGCUGUGAUUUUUGCAUCUCGAGUGAUUUUCUGACACAGACUUCAUGGAACUGACCAACUUGUCUUCCUGCCUCAGCUUUACCAGCACAGCAGUUAGCAUUAUGUGUUUCUUGGUACCACAGUUCUAAGAUAAUCAUGUCAUUGUUAUUAUCCUUGUAUUGUGCUUCAUGCUAUCACCUCUCCAGAGUUAAAGAUUUAAAUAAGACUAAAGUACCAGUGUUCUUUGUUUUCUGCAAAUUAGUUUUGUUUCUUGCAUCAACUGUUACAGCACAUGGUCAAUCCAUUGGCUCUGAGGGAAACCAGAAAGGAACUCUGAAGCAACCAAGUUGUAAUGAUGUUGCUCUGUAUAAAGCUUCAAAAUAGUUCUGCUACUUGUACACUACUGGUACUACUCAUUCAGGUGUCUUCACCUCACAUUAAAAGCGGUGCCUACACUUGCA